GAUGUAUACAUAUAGAAACUCUAAAUACAAAUAUUCUCUCUAUAUUAGGAAGUGGUAUUGCAGACGUAUGACCCGAAAUGCAUUAUGAGUACAGUUUAGAAUAUUUAAUAACUAAUAAAUAUGGAUAUUGGUAUUCUUAUCAAUAAAAACACAUUAAACAGUCGUACUAGAUACUCAUAGCUCUAGAGACAAAUACUUAUAAUUUUAUAUACAUAGAAUCAUGUCAUAUCUUUGUAUCAGAAUUUUCCUCGUGUGUUCAAUAACUGGAAUAUUUAAAGUCUAUGAGGCUCUCAACAUCACACUUCUUCAUACCAAUGACGUCCAUGCAAGAAUUGAAGAAUUCAAUAGCUUUGGCGGGACUUGUUCACCAACUGAAAGAGACAACAAAGAAUGCUACGGAGGUGUGGCAAGAAGGCUUACUAAAAUAAAAGAGAUACGACAAAUUGAACAAAAUGUCCUAUUGUUAGAUGCUGGCGACCAAUUCCAGGGGACUGUUUGGUUUUAUGCAUUUGAUGGACUCGCUAAUGCUCAGUUUAUGAACAUGAUGGCAUAUGACGCAAUGAGUCUCGGCAACCAUGAAUUUGAUAUCGAUAUCAAUGGCUUGGUUGCCUUCCUUGACAACACCACCUUCCCCGUGUUAGCGUGCAAUGUAGACGAUAGUGAAGAACCGAGAAUGCAAGGAAAGUUCAAGAAGAGCACAGUGGUCGAAUUCCAGGGGGAGAAGAUAGGAAUAAUCGGUUACCUCAUUUCAACAAUGCCAGAACUAUCUCUGAAAUUUGGGAAACUCAAAUUCCAAGAAGAGAUCCCUUCAAUACAAGCCGAAGUAAGGAGAAUGGAAGGCGAAGGAAUAAAUAAGAUAAUUGCAGUGGGCCAUUCUGGUUGGCAAAAGGACCUUGAAAUUGCCAAGGAGGUCACUGGACUUGAUCUAGUUGUCGGUGGACACAGCAAUACAUUCCUAUAUAAUGGACCAGUACCUGGUACACCAGAAAAUGAACUUGUUGAGGGACCAUACCCGACUGUAGUGACACAAACAUCAGGGGCCAAAGUAUUGGCUGUACAAGAUUUCCAUUAUGCGAAGUACCUUGGUCACCUACAACUUUCGUUUGACGACAAUGGAGUUGUUACAUCUUGGGAUGGGAAUCCUAUUUACCUAAAUGGAUCGAUCGACGAAGACGCAGAUAUGGUUAAAAAGAUGGCACCGUUUGUUGACAAGCUGGCUGUAUUCAAAAAUACAACAGUUGGUUCGACAAAUGUUUUCCUGGAUGGAGAGCGUUCCUCAUGUAGGUAUGGCGAAUGUAACUUCGGAAAUUUCUACGCAGAUGCCUUACUUGACAAAAACAUAUAUUCUCCAACUGAUACAGCCUGGAACAACGUGUCUCUUGCUGUAAUGAACUCUGGAGGCAUCAGGUCGUCAAUAAAACACGGAGAUAUCACAAUGGAAUCAAUUUUAAAUGCGCUACCCUUCCAAAACCUAGCAGAUAUUGUGGAAAUGACUGGACAGACUGUCUGGGAUAUGUUUGAAAACUCCAUUUCAAGAAUAAGUACUGGCAAAGGGAGGUUCCUUCAAGUAUCAGGGUUUGAAGUAGAAUACAACAUUGGAAAGCCAGUUGGGAGUAGAGUUGUGAGCAUUAAAGCAGCUUGUGCCAAUUGUAUGGUACCUAAACUCGAAGAAUUGGACCUAAGUAAACAUUAUAAAAUAGUGAUGCCCGAUUAUAUUGCAAAUGGUGGAGAUGGUUAUUCAGUCAUACGUGAUAAUAAGAUCAAUCAUUUUGCAGUAGGUGAUAUUGACAGUAAAGUCUUGGAGAGAUAUAUUAGAAAAAUGUCACCUAUUACUGCUGGGGUACAAUCACGUAUCACCAUGACUAACUCAACUACAUCCUUACCAUGUACAUCAUCAUCGUUACAAACUUGGGGACAUUCAAUAGGAGAUUAUUUUAUUAUUGUUUUUGCAAUAAUUGGUAUAAUCACUAACCAUCAAAAUGCUAUCUAAUCUACUGACCCAUUUAUCCUUCCCUCUAUCCGUCAAUCCAUGGGCUAUCAUGGUCAAUCUAAAUGUCUAACAACUGAUCGGGUCAGUUUGUCCCAACCCCAGAAUGUACGAGUAAGAUCGAUUUAAUGUUCCGUCGAAUCAAACAUACAUAAUAUACUUAAAAUAAAGGAUUCAGACAAUACCUAUUGAAUUAGACAAAUGUAGAAUAAAUUAGAAACUUCCGCGAUCAAUGUGUGUUACCAAUGCAGCACCAUGAAACUCAUCAAAUCUAUAAUGUAUUUUUACAUCGAAUGACAAUCUCUGAUAGAAACUGCAAUGAUAUCCACGGUGUCAGGUGAAUUCGGACCCAAGCCGACUCGGACUAGAAGUAAUGAAAGCAAUUAAAUGUUAAAUAUUAAGAAUAUUCGAAUAGUUCAAGAUUUAAUUUAAUUUAUUUCUGGAAUCUUUAAAUAAUGAUGUUCAUG